CGCGACCCUCGCCGCGCGUGUACCCGGCGCCGCGCGGCAGCGGCGCGGGGAACUGGAGCGCUGCGUAUCAGAAGGCUGCUAGGCUCGUGGGCGGAAUGUCGUUGGCAGAGAAGGUUAAUAUCACCACCGGCACGGGGUGGCGGAUGGGGGCUUGUGUGGGGAAUACCGGCCAGGCCGGGGGGUUUCCCGCGUUGUGUUUGCAGGACGGACCGAUGGGUGUGAGGUUUGCGGACGCGGUCACGGUGUUUCCGGCGGGGGUCACGGUGGCGGGGACGUGGGAUCGCGAACUGAUGCAGCGGCGGGGGAAGGCGCUGGGGAGGGAGAUGCGCGCCAAGGGCGUUAAUGUCAUGCUUGGGCCGAGUGUGGUCGGCGGGAAGUUUCCGGCUGGGGGGAGGGGGUGGGAGGGGUUCGGGAGUGAUCCGUAUUUGGCGGGGCAGGCGGUGGGACGGACCGUUAGGGGUGUCCAGGGAGAGGGCGUCGUCGCUUGCGUUAAACAUUUUUUGGCGAAUGAACAGGAGACUUUUCGGCAGGCGGCGGAGGGCAGGGCCCAGGGCUGGCCGUUGAUCGAGGCGUUGAGUGCGAAUGUGGGCGGCAGGGCGUUGAGGGAGAUUUAUGCUUGGCCGUUUCAGGAUGCGGUAAGGGAGGGUGUGGGGAGUGUUAUGUGCUCGUAUAAUCAGAUCAAUAACUCGUAUGGCUGCCAGAAUAGCUAUCUGCUCAAUGGAGUCUUGAAGGAAGAAUUCGAGUUCCAGGGAUUUGUCGUGAGCGACUGGAUCGCUCAACGCAGCGGCGUGGCCAGUGUUCUUGCCGGCCUCGACAUGUCCAUGCCGGGCGACGGGGACUCCUUCUCCGACGGCGCACCCUUUCUUGGCUCCUCUUUAACCCGUGCCGUUCUGAAUGGCAGUGUCCCACUAGAACGCCUCGAUGACAUGGCGCUCCGCAUUGUUGCAACCUGGUAUCAGAUGGGCCAGGACACCAACUACACGGCUCCCAACUUCUCGAGCUGGUUCCGGACCCCCCAGGGGCCACGAUAUUUUGGUACUGAUGAUGAAGGGAAGAAGGAGCUAGAGGGGAGGAAUCAGUAUGCUGAUGUCAGAGAGGAGCAUCAUGAACUCGUCAGGGAGAUUGCGGCAGAGGGGAUGGUGCUGUUGAAGAAUGGUGAUGCUACGCUGCCGUUUGGAACUGGGAAGGAUGCGAGGAAGGCUAUUGUGGUCUUUGGGAGUGGGGCCGCUGGGAAUCCAAUGGGAAUGAAUUCGUGCGGCGAUCGUGGGUGCAACAUCGGCACUCUUGGCCAGGGCUGGGGAUCCGGUAGCGUCGACUACUCAACCUUCAGCAGUCCCUUAUCCGCCAUCUCUAGCCGUGCAGAGUCGGACCGCACCAUGCUCGAAUACGUCCAAUCAGACGACGACUACAACCUGAUCUUGCCCAUGGCCUCAAAAACCCCCAACAGCACUUGCAUGGUCUUCGUCAGCUCUGACAGCGGCGAAGGCUACCUGUCCGUCGAGGGCCACAAGGGCGACCGCAACGAUCUCAAGCUCUGGCAUAACGGAGACAAGCUCGUUCGCUCAGUGGCAAGUGCGUGCAAGGACACCAUCGUGAUCAUUCACUCCGUCGGCGCAGUCGACAUGGAGGCGUGGAUUGAGCACCCGAACGUUACCGCCGUACUUCUCGCGCACCUCCCCGGGCAGGAAGCCGGGAGCUCGCUGGUCGAUGUCCUUUGGGGCGACGUUAACCCCUCCGGUCGGCUGCCCUACACGAUUGCGAAAUCACUCGAAGACUAUGGCCCGGCGGCGCAGGUCCUGUACACACCCAACCACCGGAUCCCGCAGCAGGACUUUACAGACGGGGUGUAUACCGACUACCGGCACUUCGACGCAUACAACAUCACCCCGCGCUUCGAGUUCGGGUUCGGGCUCGGGUACACGACCUUCAACAUUUCCGACGUCACCGUGGAAACGCUGGUGGAGAGCCCGGGGGAGUUCCCGGCGGAACGGACGGACUCGGCCAACACCACCACCCGGAUCACGCUCAACUCCACCCUGCCGGACCCCCAGGAUCUAGUAUUCCCGCAGGGCCUCCGCCGAAUCCAGAAGUACAUCUACCCGUGGCUGUCCUCUGCCAGCGUCGGCAGCGGCCCGUACCCAUACCCAGCCAGCUACUCGACAACGCCACGCCCCCGCGCAAAGGUCUCGCAAAGCACGCUCUACGAGCCCCUACUGCGGGUCACUGCCCGAAUCCGGAACACCGGCUCCGUCGCCGGAAAAUCCGUAGCCCAGCUAUACAUCAGCUUCCCUGCCAAUGCGGCCACGGCCGAAACGUUUCCUCCGCGUGUGCUGCGAGGGUUCGAGAAGGUCGCGGUCGGCGUGAAUGGCACGGAAGUGGCAACGUUCGAUCUCACCAGGAGAGAUCUGAGUUAUUGGGACGAGAACGAAAAUUCCUGGAGGCUGCCGGUCGAUAAGGAUGCACGGUGGGGCGGGUAUACGCUCAGGGUCGCGGAGAGUAGUAGGGGGGCUGGGGCGGAGACGGUUGUGGAGUGGGUGGAUGUGUAGAUACCAGG